CACGACAAGCAUGUCUCGAUCGGUGAAGCGCAUCAUGAGCGAGGCCAAGGAGCUUCAGGAGUGCCCCGCCGCCGACUUUGUCGCCGCGCCCCUCGAUGACAACCUCUUCGAGUGGCACUUUACGCUGCGCGGUGUCGCGGGCACCGCAUUCGAGGGAGGCCGGUACCACGGGCGCAUCAUGCUGCCACCCGAGUACCCGUUCAAGCCACCUUCCAUCUUUCUGCUCACGCCCAACGGCCGCUUCGAGACCGGCCGCAAGAUCUGCCUCUCCGUCUCCGCACACCACCCAGAGUCGUGGCAGCCAGCGUGGGGCGUGCGCACAAUCCUGACGGCGCUGAUCGCCUUCUUCCCGACCCGCGCCGACGGGGCCCUCGCCGGCCUCGACUACUCGGAUGUCGAGCGGCGCGCCCUCGCGCAGCGCUCGCUCGAAUGGCGCUACGUCGUGCAGUUUCUCCGGCAGGCGCUCAUCGAUACCGAGGACUCCGGUUCCGAGGAGUGCGGCGUCAACGGCCACUGA